AUACAAAAUAUCACGUCGCUUUUAAUUUUAAAUCCGGUUUGAGAUUUCCAAUGUUUCAAUUGUACUAUUGUAGUACAAAUCUGAUGUUCCGAAAUUCAUCUGUGAUGACAUCGAUGAGCGAUUGGUUGUUCCUUUCUAAGUUCAAAAAUUUCUGAUGGGUGGUGACUAUACGACUAUACCCAUAAUAGUAGUAUGGUUAUAAUCUAUAGAAACCAUAGAAAAUAGAUUUACCCACACUCCACACAUAACGUGUGCUGAGUUUAACUUUACCUGUUUACUGUUUAGUGUUUAAUGUUUAUUAUUUAGUUCAAAUUUAGGUAACACAUUGCCAACCUUCUGUGCAUUACACCAAAUACUAUAAGUAUUAUAGUAUUUGAUUUCACUCUUCUUUUUUUUUUUUACCUAUGUAUUUAGUAUUCCGACACAACGUGAAACGGUUUAGUAACUGUUCAACAAUGUCUAUAAUCUCAAUCGUGUUAGAGAAUGAAUGUUGAAUUUGAAUUUAUUAAAAAUAUUAACAAGGGUGAUAAAAAUAAUAAUUGUUUUCCGUGUUUUGAAUAACUCGCCACACUUACCAGCUAGGUACAGCAACUAACGAAAUAAUGGCUAACUAUGCAGAUGUUGUAGAGAAAGCUAGAACAGCUUUCAACAGUAACCAAACAAAAUCGUUACAUCUCAGAAAACAUCACCUUAGACAACUUCUCAAACUCUUAAAUGAAAAUUCUUCAGACUUACAAUUAGCUCUAGCUACUGAUUUAAGAAAGAGCAAGCAAGAAGCAGUAUUGUUUGAAAUUGAAUAUUUAAAAAAUGAUAUCAUCAACGCUCUAGAUUCAGUAGAAUCCUGGAUGAAAAUCGAAAGGCCUGAUAAACCUUUGAUUAAUAUAAUGGAUGAUGUAUUAAUACAUAAAGAUCCAUACGGAGUUGUAUUGGUAAUGGGAGCUUGGAAUUAUCCAUUACAACUAACUUUGUUACCUGUGGUUGGUGCAAUAGCUGCUGGAAAUAGUGUUGUUAUAAAACCUUCUGAAAUUGCUCCAGCUACUGCUAAACUCAUUGCUGAACUUGUACCAAAAUACCUCAACAGAGAUGCUUUUCCAGUUGUUUUAGGAGGUGUAGAAGAAACAACUCAGUUACUUAAACAAAGAUUUGAUUAUAUUUUCUAUACAGGAUCAACAUCUGUAGGAAAAAUAGUCAGAGCUGCUGCAAAUGAAUACUUAACACCUGUCACAUUGGAAUUGGGUGGUAAAAGCCCUUUAUAUAUAGAUGGUACUGUUAAUAUGGAUAUUUCUGUUAAGCGUAUAAUUUGGGGAAAAUGCAUUAAUGCUGGACAAACAUGUAUUGCACCAGACUAUAUUUUAUGUACUCGUCAAAUUCAAAAUAAAUUUGUGGAGAAAGCAAAACAACUGUUAAAAGCCUGGUAUACUGAUGAUCCAAAAAAUUCUCCAGAUUUUUGUAGAAUUGUUUCUGAAAAACAUUUUGUGAGAUUAUUAGACUUAAUGACUAACAGUGGAUCAAUUGCAGUUGGUGGUAGACACGAUAAAAAAGAUCUCUAUAUUGAACCAACAAUAUUGACUGAUGUAAAACCUACAGAUCCUAUAAUGAAAGAAGAAAUUUUUGGUCCAAUUUUACCAAUUGUAAUUGUGGAUAAUGCUUAUGAUGCUAUAAAUUUUAUUAAUAACAGAAAUCAUAGUCCAUUGGCUUUAUACGUAUUUACUCAAAGUAAAGAAAUCAUUAACAACAUGUUGGAAAACGUGAAAGCUGGUGGAGUUUGUGUCAAUGAUACUAUAGUACAAGUGUCUGUUGAAAAUCUACCAUUUGGAGGGGUCGGUCUUAGUGGAAUGGGAGCCUACCAUGGAAAGCAUACUUUUGAUACAUUCACCCAUCGGAAAAGCUGUUUGGUCAAAGAUUUCAACAUCAUUGGAGAAUCAUUUUCUUCAGCAAAAUAUCCACCAUACUCUGACAAGAAACUAAGCAUGGUAUCUUUCUUGAUGAAGAAGAAACCAAAAAUUAAUUUCAAAUUCCUACCAUAUUUGAUUGUAUUUGGUCUUGGGGUUGGUGCAACCUUUGCAUUCAAGUAUUUUAAUAAGGUACAUUCAAGGUCUAAUUUUCGCUUUUAAUCGAAUCAUAUUAUAAAGUUCAUUAAUCAUAUUUUAACAUAACAUACAUGAUUUAUCACCUUUAUAAAAUAUGUAACC